AAAUAAUCUACACUGCUAUUUUUACCCAUGAUAGCUUGAUUAAAGCCAGCAUGGAUUUGCCAGCCCAAGCUGCAAUCACUCCUCUGAUAGCAGGCUCUAGAUCUUCUGUAACUUUCCAGCAAGAACAUGCACCGGGAAACUCUGCAUGAAAUGCUGUUUGCUCUUCUGCUCUAUCUUGCUUGCCUUCUACCUGAGGUCACGAUGGACCAAAAGACUAAGGAAGUCUAUCAUCGCUUCAACACCACAGUACUGCUGAUGGGGACCAGUCUGAAUGCUUCUUUGGUCUUUAAUGUGGAGUGGCGUGCACAGCUAAAUGGGAGAGAAAAGGUCUCCAUCCUAACAUUCUCACCCCGCUCCAACAACAUCUAUAUUAAUGAAAGUUACAAGAAGAGAGUUGUCUUUUCUCAUACCAACUUUUCCUUGACUAUUCAUUAUGUGACUUUAAGCGACGAAGGAGUCUAUAUGCUGACCAUCCAGCUGCUUAACAAGCAGCAACAGAUCGACAGGACAAGAGUCACAGUGAUCAUACCUGUAUCGAACGUGUGCAUCACCAGUGAGACAUCUGCUCCUCAUCAGGGGAAAAACAUCACUUUGAAUUGCCUGGGGACAGCAGGAAAUGCCAUGUCCUACUCCUGGCAGAAAUGCAACCAGCCUUUACCAAUUGGAAACCGCACCAUCCUGUCUAAGGACAACGCAUCUCUGACCCUCAUUAACAUACAGCAAUCCGACAUUGGGAAUUACAGAUGUGUGGCCCAGAAUGUACUCAGCUCCGGGCAUAAAGACUUCAUCCUGCAGCUCUGUGCUGAGACUGGUGUCUCUCCCUGGCGGAGCUAUGGCAUUUACGGGUACCCUGGCUAUCUGGGCUACGCUAUUGUCAUCUUCUACAUCUUCAGCUGGGUGAAAAGGACCAGGAAAAGCAGCUCCAAAGGCCAGUCAGAUACCAUUUAUGAAAACACAGCUUUUGAAAACACCUCCACAACCAGCAAAAGAGUUCACCCUGUCUACAUAAAACGCAUCAAGAAGUAAUCUUAAAGGGAGAGAGAAAGAUUGGUUUCUAUUCAGAGUGGCUUUAUUAUGUGUAUAAAAUAUUCAGCCUGUCCUGCUAGUGUGCACAUCCCAGUGCUGAUGGUGAGAAAUGGCGAAAGAAAGAAAGAAAGAAAGAAAGAAAGAGCUCUACAGAUGGAGCAAAACUGCCUUUGUGCACACUAGCUGCAUGCACCUGUCUACCUACCUGUGGUACUUACAUGAACUUCUCCUUCCAAAGUAUCUGAGCACAUGACAACUUUUCAUUAUUUACUUAGCACUCACAACACUCAAUUGUUUCCGCAUUUUACAGAUGGUGAACUGAGAUGCUAAGUGACAUGCCCCAGAUCACAUAGAGAGUCUGUGGGCUUGUUUACACCACGCAGCUUUUAGCGACAAGGCUGUGUCGACACAGCCUUGUCGCUAAACGUCAGCGUGUGUAAACGCUCUUUUUCAGUACUUUGUCGGCACUUUUGCCGACAAAAUACUUCCAGCCCCGCAAGCGGCAUUAGCUUUGUUAGCAGAAGAGCCCUCCGGCCGACAAAGCCGCGUUCACACUGCCACUUGCGUUGGCAAAACUUUUGGCUUGUUUAAGUACCCGUAAAAGACAAAAUUUUGUCGACAACUUCACAGUGUAGACCAGCCUUCAGGCAGAGGGAAAUUGAAUCCCAGUUUCCCAAGUCCUAGGCUAGUCCUCCAACCAUUGGACCACCCAGCACCAACCUGUGUUGGUGAACAUAUGCAUUGUCCUUCUGGGAGGGAGACCUCUCCAAUGUUUCCAUUUUUAUGCAUAUGCAUUACUUCAUUUACAUAAGUGAUACCAAGCUACAGCAUUGCAAAAUAAAGGCACUGUGCUCAGUGUCACCCCAAGUUGCCUCAUCCCCCACUAUCUUGUAGGUCAUUUACCUUCAACUCCACUGCCAUGUCCACAACAUUCUCAGGAACAAUCUGAGUCCUGGCCUCUUGAAUGGGCGGGAUCUUCUCCAUGAAGUGGGAUGACAGUUCUUCACAGCGCGUGGUGCUGGGUUCUGCCUAGGCUUGUAGAAAGUCUUUGCUUCCUUCUGUCUGUUUCAACUUUGGUUUUCCCAUCAUCAACACUCCCGUUUCUACACCUCUGUCUUUGUCUGGCAUAGGAUGUCAGAAAACCAUGGAGUUCUAUGGGUGAGAGGAAGGAAGGGACAGUCUGGGGCCAAUGCAUUGAGGACAGUGCACAAGGGUAAUAAUUCGGCAGAUCCUCGACUCCUUGUCUUGUGCAUGGAUUGCUCCUGUCCUAUUGGCAGGCUUUGGAAUUUGGUGGGGUCUUAGGUGGUCAGAUCAGACUUGUGGGUCUUUCACAGAAAGUGGGAGAGCUCUGACCCCUAUCUUCAUGAGGUGAUGGUCUAAGAAAGAGGUUGGGCUGUGAUGUCCUCCGUAUUGACAUCUAACCCAAGGACCAGGUCCAAAGUGCGACUGGCUGUGUGGAUUCGACCAAAGAGGUGAGAAUCAUAGAGAGGCAAGUGAGAGGAGUCAACAUGCAUGUUGAAAUCUUCCAGGGCAAGUCUGAAAUAUUUCACCAUCACCAUGAGCAAGGUAUCUAUAAGCUCCUUUAUGGGGAGAGGGAUAGCUCAGUGGUUUGAAUGUUAGCCUGCUAAACCCUGAGUUGUGAGGUCAAUCCUUGAGAGGGGCUAUUGUGGGAACUGGGGUAAAAAUCUGUCUGGGGAUUGGUCCAGCUUUGAGCAGGGGGUUGGACUAGAUGACCUCCUGAGGUCCCUUCCAACCCUGACAUUCUAUGAUUCUAGAACUCUUACAGACUAUCAAAGGCUAAAAUCAGCAUGACAUUUCUAAGCUUGGUUUCUCUUUACCUCUGACCUUGCUAAAUCCAAGUUAUGAGCAGGCAAUCUUAAAACUAUUGGUGGCUCCUUCUCAGACUUUAAAAUUAAUAUGGAAAAAUCUCCUGCUUUCUCUUCAGCACUCCAGCCCACACAGGAGUUAGUAGAAAAGACACCUUUAUGGACCCCCAGUUUAAAUAUCUUAGGCCUGAUUUUGCCCUGCAAUAGAGCAGCUUUGCACCUAUCUACUAGCAGAAAGCAGCCCUAAAGUUUGCUUCCCUGGACCACGGAGGAUCACCCUGUAUAAUAGCAGACUGUUGGCAUUCUGAAGUAUUUGGAGGGAAACUGGAGGCUGUCAUUCUCCUCAGGCUCUGGAGAAUCCAGGGGUGACCCAAGAAACACAAGAGCAACUGGCAAGGAGGUAAAGAGGGGUACAGGCCUCUCAUGGGUCUGUUUUUACAUUCUAGUUCACCAAAGAUUGUCAUGUGAGGUCUUGAAUAAAAGCCUGAGCCACUCUGGUCAUCAAGAUCAUUGUGACAUAUAUGUAUAUACUGUGUAUAUACACUGAAAUUAUGGCCUUAGUCUGUAGCUACUGGCCACCAGCACAGGUGCAAACAGGUUUUCUGUCAGACAAUAUAGGGAGUGUGUGUGUUAUUUAUCCAUCUGUUCACAUGUAAACUGAGUAUUGUCUCAUUCUCAAUGGGCUUCCUAUCAAGUCUGAACUGUGUGCAAAUGAAGGAUGCUGAAGGAAGGGGGACUUCAGACAUAUCUAACAGGAAGAGAAGACCAGAAAGGGGAAGGGAACCUUAUCUGGGGGGAGCACUUUGAAGGUUUGCUUGACUGUAUUUGGGGAGCAAGAAGUUGCCCGAGUACCUUUCACUGGGGAAGUAACAAGCGUGAUUAAAAAAUGCUGAAGAGAACGUUGAGUGAGAUCAAACUUCUAUAGACAGGAAGUUAACCUCUUAGUUAAGUUUAGUCUCUAGAAAGCAUGUUAUGAUUUUGCUUUACAUGUAACCACCUGUUCCCAGUAUUCUCACUCACUGUUACCUGGAUCUCUAAACUUUGAUAAUAUAUUUAUAGUGAAAACAAGAAUAAGUUUGUCUAAGUGCUGUGCAAAGUGCUGGCGCUGAGCUGAAUCUUACAAGUGGGUGGGUACUGUCCCUUUGGGAAUAACAGGCCUAGUAGCUCGGGAGUGUUCAGUGGUUCAGGGGCUGGAAGCUGCAGGGAAUGAUCUGAGGAGUUGGGGGUUGGUGUGUGCCUAGCGCUACCUGUACAGACAGAGCCAGGCCUCCGGAGACCUGGAAGGCAGGGCUUGUGUUGGCAGGGGCUAGUGGAUUCAGGGAGCUGAUCCACAGCAGGCAGACAAGACUGUCUCCUGUGAAGGUACCAUUGCCAACCGUCCAAAUUGUCCUGAAGUUUUCAGGAAUUACAGAUUAAUCUUUAAUUAAAGAUUAUGUCCUGUGAUGAAACCUCCAGGAAUAUGUCCAACCAAAAUUGGCAACCCUAUGUGAAGGGCAGGUGGUUGUGAGGGGCCUGAUAACGGGUCAGUCGUACAAGCACACACUGCGAGACUACACUAUAGAGACUGAGAAGAUCAGAGAGGAACCUGCCUGCAUGUGCUGGGAGGUCAGACUAGAUCAGUGGUUCUCAACCUAUUUACAGUUGUGGGCCACAUCCAAUACUACCUAUAUGACCCUGAGGAUGUCACAGGGGCUGCAGCUGUGUGCUGAUUGGGCUGCGAGCAGCCCAUGGGUUCAGAACCACUGGACUACAUGAUCACAAUGGUCCCUUCUGGUCUUGGAAUCUAUGAAACCACAUAUUGAAACGCAUGACAACAACAAAGUGGGGCAGUCCAUAUAAAGAACACCAGUAGGUUUACUGGCUAACUGCUUGGGUUAAGAAGUUACUCAAAAGUCUUCUGAAAUCUGUUUGCAAAUGUUUGUGUAUGUAUUAAAU